AUGAACAAUGAGCUGAAAUCAACUUCCGGAUGCAUGUAUAAAAUAGUUCAAGACCCACGCAGUCCAAUUCCACACCAAAACACCAUCAACACCACAGAUAAGUCCCUUUCAAAGAUAUCUCUGAAUCUUUCUACCGCCAAAUUUGAUAACAUAGAACGACUCCAAUCUAACAAGUCCGAGUUGCAAAAGGCACUGGCUGAGGUCGAAGCCGCUAUUGCGUUUCUCUCGACUGCAGCUGGAGAGAAUAUAAGGGGCAGCAAGCUUCCAGCUGACUUGAAGUUUUCGAACGAACUCAGUGACGGUAAGCUCCAGCCUCGACCAUCCAAGGCAUCGGUCCACAUUGCUCGAGAAGAGGCCCCUCCUUUUUUCAAGCUUGACCCAAGAUUUCAACAGGACAAAUGGAUUCGUCCCAAGCCCCCGGGUUCCUCUUGUUUCUCAAAUGAAAUUGUCCAGUGGGCCUAUACGCGAAUAAUAGAAGACGACGAAGGAGUAGAAUACCCAUUGCUCACCCUUCGGCAUCACAAAGCUUCCAAGUGUAUUACCGGCAAAGCCUGUGAAACUGGUCACUGGGAGCUCAUCUAUGAUGGCGUUACCACGAGAGUGAAGGGAUGCAUCGAUUUGCAGCUGGCAUGCAUGCGUACCAAGCAUGUCGAGCGAGAAAUGAGUAGCUUGUCACAAGAGCAGGCCACCAAGUGGUAA